CUAAAGAAAAUCGUGUUGGCCAGAUUGUUACACUAUUUCACAAUCAAGAGAAAACGGGAGAGAGAGAAAGAGAGAGAGAAGAAGUCUCUGAGAGAUCGAUUGCGACACCGAGAGAAAAAGAAUCAUGACCAUGACGUUGCAACGUUUAUAUCAGCUACUUCUCUAUGCGCUCUGCCUGAGUGCUGUGAUUGUGAUUUGUGCCCCCGCACCAAGUGAAUCGCGUCGCGUGAUCUUUCUAGCCCCUCCAGGUAUAGCGCGCAGCCAAAUCUUGUCAACCCAUCGCAUGGAUGUCCCAUGUCAGAAGUGUCAUAUGCGGGAUCAUCGUGGCAACUGUCGUCGCAUAAUAUCCUUUAACUCAGAUGGUGUGCAGUGCUGACACCCAAAAUGACCUAUAAACCAAAGCGAAUCUCCAACACACUCAAACCAUUCCAAGGAUGAAUCAUUAAUUUAUGCACUUUAUUUAUUAUAAUAUUUAUAAAACGCCAAUAAAAAAAAAACCU